GAACAUGAUAUAUCCAAGUGAGCAUAUUAGAUUUUAUUUUUAAAUGCAAUUUCAAAGCAUGAUCAAGCAAUUGUUAUUUAAUAAUUCAUAGAAAUGGCAUCAGUGGCAACCAAAUUGGGUUCCCUCAAGGUCAUAUGGGGUUAGUUGGGUUGGCCAUUUUCUCAAAAGAACCAUCAAAAGCAAACACCUUUCACCAUUGUUUUCUUGUCUGUCUCUGUCCGUUACUUCAAAACCAGAGAAAAACAUAAAUAAAUAAAUAAACAAUAACAAUAAAAACUUGCAGCCUUCAAUCCCACAAAGUCAAAAUAGCCAAACCCCAUUAGCCAUUAAGCAAUCACUAACUCCUUUGCCAGCUUUGUUUAUUCAACAACCCCUAAAAAAAAAAAUUAAUAGCAAUAGUGGAGUGAAAUGAAAGAGAUGGGUAUCAGCUUCAUCUUCAUGUUCAAUAAUCUCUGCUACCUUUGCAAUAGGGACUUGGUCAUAACAAAACCAAGCAUAAAUUUCCCAAUUUCCCAUUUCCAGUUUCUUCUCUUUUUUCUUUUCUUCCUCCCUCAGGCUUCUCCAAGGCAGUUAGUUUCCAAGAAUACAUAUACCAUAUAGGGUAUGUUUCAGAAAUCUGGUGGCUUUUGUAUUCUUGGGAUGUCCAUAUCUAGAACCUGCACUUUUUGUGCUGUUUUGCUUAUGUGGCUAUGUUGGUCUCCAUCACUUAUUGGAGCUCAAGAUGCUAUUACCAGUCCUAUAGAAGUGAAGGCAUUGCGGGAAGUCAAGAAAAGUUUGGUUGAUAUUAAUAAAAACUUGAGCAAUUGGAAUCGUGGUGAUCCAUGCACAUCGAAUUGGACAGGAGUUUUGUGCUUCAAUGCAACAAUGGAUGAUGGCUAUCUGCAUGUUAGAGAAUUGCAAUUACUUAAUAUGAAUCUUUCUGGAACUUUAUCACCAUCACUUGGUCUCUUUUCUUAUAUGAAAAUUUUGGAUUUUAUGUGGAAUAACAUAACUGGGAGCAUACCAAAGGAGAUAGGAGAUAUUAAAUCUUUGGAACUCUUGCUCCUGAAUGGAAACCAAUUAACAGGCCCCUUGCCUGAUGAGCUUGGUUAUCUUCCAAACUUGGACAGAAUACAGGUUGACCAGAACCAUAUAUCAGGAUCAAUCCCUACAUCAUUUGCGUAUUUGAACAAAACAAAGCACUUUCACAUGAACAACAAUUCAAUCAAUGGGCAAAUCCCGCCUGAAUUAUCCCGAUUACCAAUGCUUGUUCACUUCCUUCUGGAUAACAACAACUUAUCAGGAUAUCUUCCACCGCAAUUCUCUGAAUUGCCAAACUUACUUAUACUUCAACUAGAUAACAACCAGUUUGAUGGGGGUACAAUUCCAGAUUCUUAUGGCAAUAUGACUAAACUGUUGAAACUGAGUCUCAGAAACUGUAGCUUGCGAGGUCCCAUCCCUGAUCUCAGCAGAAUACCAAACCUUGGCUAUCUAGACCUCAGUUCAAACCAGCUAAAUGGUACCAUACCUCCUGGAAGGCUUUCUGAGAAUAUUACCACCAUUGAUUUAUCCAACAACAAUCUUACUGGAAGUAUUCCUUCCAACUUUUCAAGCCUGCCUCGUCUUCAGAGAUUAUCAAUUGCAAACAAUUCAUUGAGUGGCUCCAUCCCAGCUGCCCUUUGGCAAAGUCGUACUCUGAAUGGAUCUGAAAGACUUAUCUUGGAUUUUGAGAACAAUAAACUGUCAAACAUUUCUGGGAGUGACACUAUUAGUCUCCCUCAGAAUGUCACACUCUGGCUUCAAGGGAACCCUGCAUGCUCAAAUUCCAAUCUGCUCCAAUUCUGUGGAUUGCGGAAUGAGGAACUUAACAAUCAGAGUUCGACAAACAGUUCCUCUGCCUGUCCCGUUCAAGCCUGCCCAUCUCCUUUCGUAUAUUCCCCAACAUCUCCUAUAUCUUGUUUUUGUGCUGUCCCUCUGAUCAUUGGAUAUCGAUUAAAAAGUCCUGGAUUCUCUGAUUUCACACCCUACAGAGAAAUGUUCAAGGGUUAUUUGACCUCUGGUCUCAACUUGAAACUUUAUCAGUUGUUCCUCGAGACAAUCCAAUGGGAAGAAGGACCUAGAUUGAAAAUGCACUUUCAGCUGUUUCCCGUCUAUGACAACAAUACUCAUAAGUUUAAUACAAGCGAGGUCCUGCGUAUCAUGAGCAAGUUUACUGGAUGGAGUAUACCUGAUAGUGAUAUAUUUGGACCUUAUGAACUUCUCUACUUCACUCUGUUGGAUCCUUAUAGGAAUGUUAUUGUUCCAUCAUCAAAAUCUGGUAUAAGCAAGGGUGCGCUGGCUGGCGUAGUAGUGGCAGCCAUAACAGGUGCAGUUGCGUUAUCUGCAAUUGUUACAUUUCUUAUCCUGAGGGUGCACUUGAGGAAUUAUCGUACAGUUUCAAAGAGACGUCAUUCAUCUAAAGCCUCCCUAAAAAUUGAUGGCGUGAAGGAUUUCACUUAUGCUGAAAUGGCCUUGGCUACAAAUAAUUUUAAUAGCUCCACUCAAGUUGGUCAAGGAGGAUAUGGAAAAGUUUAUAGAGGCAUUCUAGCUGAUGGUUCCAUUGUGGCUGUAAAGCGCGCUCAGGAGAACUCUUUACAGGGCGAGAAGGAGUUCUUAACAGAAAUAGAAUUGUUAUCAAGGCUACAUCACAGAAAUCUUGUAGCUUUGAUUGGAUACUGUGAUGAAGAAGGUGAACAGAUGCUGGUUUACGAGUUUAUGCCAAAUGGCACCUUAAGAGAUCAUCUUUCAGCCAAGGCUAAAGAACCGCUGAGUUUUGCAAUGAGAGUGAGAGUUGCCUUGGGCUCCGCCAAGGGUAUCCUCUACCUACAUACGGAAGCUGAUCCUCCAAUAUUUCACCGGGAUAUCAAGGCAAGCAAUAUACUACUUGGCUCUAAUUAUACUGCAAAAGUUGCAGAUUUCGGACUUUCAAGACUUGCCCCAGUCCCAGAUGUUGAAGGGGCUGUGCCAGCUCAAGUUUCCACCGUUGUAAAGGGUACUCCAGGUUACCUUGAUCCGGAGUAUUUUCUAACGCAUAAACUGACGGACAAGAGUGAUGUAUAUAGCCUGGGUGUGGUAUUUCUAGAGCUCUUGACUGGGAUGCAACCGAUCUCACAUGGCAAAAACAUUGUCCGAGAGGUCAAUGUUUCAUAUCAGUCUGGUAUGAUAUUCUCAGUAAUUGAUGAACGAAUGGGAUCUUAUCCUUCAGAUUGUGUGGAGAAGUUUUUAAAUUUAGCCCUCAGGUGUUGCCAAGAUGAGACAGAUGCAAGACCUUCAAUGGCUGAAGUGGUCCGAGAACUUGAAACCAUUUGGAACAUGAUGCCAGAAUCAGAUACUAAAACAACAGAUUCAAUGAGCACUGCUCCUGAAAAGACAGAGACUCCACCAUCUUCAUCCUCAAUGCUGGUGAAGCAUCCUUAUGUCUCGACUGAUGUUUCUGGCAGCGACCUUGUUAGCGGAGUCGUUCCUACCAUCACUCCCAGGUGAAUGACUUGCAUACAUGGAAGAAACUGAUAACAAGAACAACUGACUAUAAAAUUGACGUAAUCAUCAUAAUUUGGAGUGGGGAAGGGUCUUAUCAAAGACUAGAUUUCUGUAUAUAUAAUGGUCUUAGUAGACUUUGGUUUGUAGAAGUUACAGGUAGACAGGUAGAGCAGUAGAUAUUGUUGCUGUAGUAAUACCAACAAAUCUUACUCGUGCCAAAAUAUUGUUUGAUUCAUUGGUGUUUCUUUGAGGCUGUAAUGUACCUGACGUUCAUUCUUUUAUGAGAUUUGUGAGAUAUCAAUCUAUUUAUA